CCCACCCUUCUUUUCUGAAUUUGAUAAUUUCCUGGUGUUUUAUGUGUUCAUCUAUUCCGGGUAUUUUCGGUACACUGGCAGGUAGAAAUUUGAUUGUUUCGUUUUGCAAGAGGACAUAAGUAUUCUGGGUGUGGCAUUGUAUGUCUGCCUUUUAGAGAAGAUUGAUUCUUGAUACUGUCAGCCUCAUCCAUCCAGUUUAAAGUUCCCCAUCAACCUUUCACCUAAGGAUUCUAGCAUCCAUUGUAACCAUUGCGUAGGAUUUAUAUAGUUGCUUUCUCAUGAUUAGAGAUAAGGUUAGACUUUGAUUCAUUAGGGACUAUAAAGGGUGACUGUCUAAUUGCAUUUUUCCUUUUGUAUCAGUGAGGUUUUUUUCUGACUUGUGUUUAUUCCUGUUAUGUGUAUCUUCCUGGGGAACGUUAUAAAAGGAUACAUUCUUCAUCUUCAUCUCGCUGAGGAUGUUCUUGGACUUCAUGACAUGUCCUCAAUUUUCUCAUCUGUAGAUUGAGGAUAAUUAUCGUGCCUUCCUCUUGGGGUUUUUGUGAAGAUUGGAUGAGCUGGUACAUGUAGUGUAGAAAUGGUGCCUGGCACUAGUGUUGGUAAGUGUAGUUAACAAAGUAACUCUCAGUUCUUUGGAAACAUUUAAACUGUCCGGUGUAAUGAAGAGGCACCUGAAGAGGCGGAGAAGGGAGAGAGUCUUCAUAAGCUGACGUUAGCGAGAGGCUUGGGCUUGUGUUGAGUGGGCUAAAGGAAGGUGCUGCUUGCCCACACUGACGUGCCUUUUGCGUGGAAAUGACUGCAGUACAGGAAGCACUUGGAUAUCACUGCGCACUACGAGGUGGAUGUUGCUAGUACCUGGAGCACGUUCUGAAGUGGAGUGAGCACGAUGAAGUAUGUAGACCACUCUUACGGUGGGCAGGGUUGGUACAGUAGGCUUCACUAACUUAGCUGCAACUCAGAAUUUCUCCUCCAGCACCUGAGUAAAUGCUGAUGGUCUUGUGGAGAGUGGAUUAAGAGUACGAGCUAAGUUCUCAAUCCCAAUUAAGAAGCGGAGGAAAAUUUAAACUGUCUCCUUCAAAGUUUAUCACAACCACCACCAUCAAGACAGCAAACCAAAGGACAAAGACUUUGACCUGCUGUGUUGCUCUGUGUAGUCCAGUUCACGUAUGGUUUACAGACUUGGCUGGGGUUACUAAUGAGUAAAUAAAAAGUUGGACACUUCCUGUCGUUGGACACUUAUUCACAAAGUUACCAAAAUGAGGGCUGUACUGGAGACAGCAGACAUUGCCAUAGUGGCCCUGUAUUUUAUCCUGGUCAUGUGCAUUGGUUUUUUUGCCAUGUGGAAAUCUAAUAGAAGCACCGUGAGUGGAUACUUCCUGGCGGGGCGCUCUAUGACCUGGGUAGCAAUUGGUGCCUCUCUGUUUGUGAGCAAUAUUGGGAGUGAGCACUUCAUUGGGCUGGCAGGAUCUGGAGCUGCAAGUGGAUUUGCAGUGGGCGCAUGGGAAUUCAAUGCCUUACUGCUUUUGCAACUUCUGGGAUGGGUUUUCAUCCCGAUUUACAUCCGGUCAGGGGUAUACACCAUGCCUGAAUACUUGUCCAAGCGAUUUGGUGGCCAUAGGAUUCAGGUCUAUUUCGCAGCCUUGUCUCUGAUUCUUUAUAUCUUCACCAAGCUCUCAGUGGAUCUGUAUUCGGGUGCCCUCUUUAUCCAGGAGUCUUUGGGUUGGAACCUCUAUGUGUCUGUCAUCCUGCUCAUUGGCAUGACUGCUUUGCUGACUGUCACCGGAGGCCUUGUUGCAGUGAUCUACACAGACACUCUACAGGCUCUGCUUAUGAUCGUUGGGGCACUCACACUUAUGAUUAUUAGCAUGAUGGAGAUUGGCGGGUUUGAGGAAGUUAAGAGAAGGUACAUGUUGGCCUCGCCCAAUGUUACUUCCAUCUUGUUGACAUACAACCUUUCCAACACAAAUUCUUGUAAUGUCCACCCUAAGAAAGAUGCGCUGAAAAUGUUACGGAAUCCGACAGAUGAAGAUGUUCCUUGGCCUGGAUUCGUUCUUGGGCAGACCCCAGCUUCAGUAUGGUACUGGUGUGCUGACCAAGUCAUCGUGCAGAGAGUCUUAGCAGCUAAAAACAUUGCUCAUGCCAAAGGCUCUACUCUUAUGGCUGGCUUUUUGAAGCUUCUGCCAAUGUUUAUCAUAGUUGUCCCAGGAAUGAUUUCCAGGAUACUGUUUGCUGAUGAUAUAGCUUGCAUCAACCCAGAGCACUGCAUGCAAGUAUGUGGAAGCAGAGCUGGGUGCUCUAAUAUUGCUUACCCACGCCUGGUGAUGAAGCUGGUUCCUGUGGGCCUCCGGGGCUUAAUGAUGGCAGUGAUGAUUGCGGCUUUGAUGAGCGACUUGGACUCUAUCUUUAACAGUGCCAGUACCAUAUUCACCCUCGAUGUGUAUAAACUCAUCCGCAGGAGCGCAAGCUCCCGAGAACUAAUGAUUGUGGGGAGGAUAUUUGUGGCUUUUAUGGUGGUGAUCAGCAUUGCAUGGGUGCCAAUCAUCGUGGAGAUGCAAGGAGGCCAGAUGUACCUUUACAUUCAGGAGGUAGCAGAUUACCUGACACCCCCAGUUGCGGCCUUAUUCCUUCUGGCAAUUUUCUGGAAGCGCUGCAAUGAACAAGGGGCUUUCUAUGGUGGAAUGGCUGGCUUUGUUCUUGGAGCAGUCCGUUUGACACUGGCCUUUGCAUACCGUGCCCCAGAAUGUGACCAACCUGAUAACAGGCCAGGCUUCAUCAAAGACAUCCAUUACAUGUAUGUGGCCACAGCAUUGUUUUGGGUCACAGGACUUAUUACUGUCAUUGUUAGCCUUCUCACACCACCUCCCACAAAGGAACAGAUUCGUACCACCACCUUUUGGUCUAAGAAGAGCUUGGUGGUGAAGGAGAGCUGCUCCCCGAAAGAUGAACCAUACAAAAUGCAAGAGAAGAGCAUUCUGAGAUGCAAUGAGAAUAGUGAGGCCAUCAACCACAUCAUUCCCAAUGGGAAAUCUGAAGAUAGCAUCAAGGGCCUUCAGCCUGAAGAUGUUAAUCUUUUGGUGACCUGCAGAGAAGAAGGCAACCCAGUGGCUUCAUUAGGUCAUUCAGAGGCAGAAACACCAGUAGAUGCUUAUUCCAAUGGGCAAGCAGCUCUCAUGGGUGAGAAAGAGAGAAAGAAAGAAACAGAGGAUGGAGGCCGGUACUGGAAGUUCAUAGAUUGGUUCUGUGGCUUUAAAAGUAAGAGCCUCAGCAAGAGGAGUCUCAGAGACCUGAUGGAGGAGGAGGCUGUUUGUUUACAAAUGUUGGAAGAGCCUCCACAAGUUAAACUAAUACUAAAUAUUGGACUUUUUGCUGUGUGUUCACUUGGAAUUUUCAUGUUUGUUUAUUUUUCCUUAUGAACUUUUAAGGAUAUGAUGAGACACUAACUUAAGAAAAUACUGGUCUUUGGAAAGAAAAAAAAAAGAAAACAUGUAACUGUUGCAUCUCUCAGGCAUUGUUUACGCUGUAGGUUUUAGCCAAAUUUUACUUAGCAGAAAAUCAUCUAUUUGCAAGACUUUAUUUUCCCAGAGAUGGAUGAAAGCAAAUUUUCAACCUAAAUGAAGUAAAACUUGUUUAACAGACUGAAUUGUGCAAAUGUGGUUUAAAAUUUUCCAUACCAAAGUAAGGAGAGACCAAUUAUUCUCAUAGAACAUGUAGAGCAGAAUAUAUGCUAAGAUAUUACAAAUAAGGUAUACUGUCUGCACUGCCAAAUCUUGGUAGGCCUUCUUAACCUGAAGUAGAAGACUUGCUCAUUUCAAAGUUUUUUCUGUCUUUGUAAUCCCUACUACCAUUUAAAACUGAAUUUGUAGACAUUGUAUAAUCAGUUGUGUACUGAAAACCUAACUCAUGUUCUUGUGGGGUACUUGUGUCAGGACAAGUUAGUUCAUUUGCCAGGCUCAUUUUGCUAGCAUGAGCCUAUGGAUUCUGAAUGCCAAAAGAAAGGAAGAAGAAUGUUUUCCUGUAGCUGUUCUUGUACCACCAAUAUAUGGAAUGUUGAGCAAAAGUUGUUCCGGUUCCUUUUUUUUUCUUUUUUUCCUGCUUUGACUGAAGUUUAAGUGAACCAUACUCAAAUGACCACCACGUCUAUCUUGAUACAUUUAUGUCAUGACUGUAUUGUCAGAUGAUUAGGGGAGAAAAUGAAGUAAACAUUGCUGAUGAUCCCCAGAUUUAUUGACCGAGUUCAGGUUGUUUAUACAGUUUGGGAAUUAGCAGUCCUCAAGCAGUGUUUGGUCAGCUUAUGCUAAACAGGUGACUACUCGUACUCCACUAAUUCUCUAGCUUUGUUCUUUGUUCUUGUCAUUUGGUAACAUUUUUUAUUAGCCACAUACCUUUCCAAGUGGAUUCAGUCAGAAGAUAUGUCCAGAAAUUUGAAAGAAAAAAAAAAUUGUCACUGCCUUUGUGCUGGGUUGCCCCAUGAUAUAUUGAAGUUGAGCUUUUGGAGGGAAAAUUUAAUUCUGAGAUCAUACUGUGUCCUUGAGAAGUUCCCCCCGCCCCCCGAUUUACUUUUUUUCGAAAGACUUGCCAUCUGUACACAGCCUCUACGUUUUUGUUUAAAAAGUUUUAUUGACCUAGAGCAUGAGGAGGUUUCAAUGCAAACUGGGCAUCAGUAACAGAAAAGUCAGAGUGCAUGUUUUGCCAUUGGUAGAUUGUCAGUAUUGUCUUUCUGUGGAACAGCAUGUUAAAGAGGUGUCAAGAAUAAGAACUUCUGGGCUUAAUAGUAUGUCUUGUGGAGGAUAUUGUAGGACUUGUGUAAAUUAUAGGACCCUCGAUCUUCACAUGGCAUGGCACUCCGUUGUAACCUUCAUGGAUGGGAAUCUUUUUCACAGUCUGAUUCCCCUUCGUGAGGGCAGGGUACAAAAGAUGUUGGAGGAAAGCUCUAUAGAUCAUGUAGUUAUGUGUCUGUGUGCUCAACAUGGUCCUUUUUCCUUUGUGACAUAUGAAGGAAACUAAUUGUGUAUCUACUUUCUUUGACUUUCCUGUAAUCUCUGAUACUUUUUAAAUUGCAUGAUUUUAUUAAGCUUGUAUUCUUUAGGGAAAAGUAUUACUUUUUUAGAUACUUUUGUAGAUUUUGAAUCAAAACUCAGUCCUAAUAACUUUCAAUUUUUUGUAUUCUGUAAACUAGUUUCAUUAUGAUGGACUUGAUUAGUCCAAAGUUGAUUUUAGAAAUUAUCAGGUAGCAUAAUGUCUUCCCAUCUCCAGGAGGCUUUCUGAUGGACUGAGUCUGUAGAUGAAAAAGUAAUUUAUGUAUGAAUAGCAUGAUUUCUGAGAGCUUAGAGUGCCUUGUAGAAUUUUUUUCCCAAUUUCAUUCUUAAGAUUUAGAAGUUGGGGGCCAAAUAAAUAGGGACCAUCCUUUUCUUGUAUGGAGGAGGCUGUGGCUGUGACAUAUCUAAGGUUACAAAAAGUCUGUUGGGGAGAACAGAGAACCAUGUAUCCAAAGCUGGACUCAUGGUUAGUCCUUUUCUCAAAGGAACUAUUUUCCUUUGAGACAACCUUUUUGGUAUUUGGGAAAAUAAUAGGACCUUAGAUUUUUCAAAUUGGCUUUUAAGUCAUAGGGAUUAAAAUUUUCUUUGAACACAUUGCUGUGUAACUCUCCACAAAGAGGAUUGACACAUUGGCUGGGCAGCCUUCUUAACCCUCCUUUUUACGGCAUAAAUUAAUAGGUGGUGUUUAUGUAGGUUUUUUCCUCUUUGUUUAAUGUCGAGUCCUAAUAGUUUGGAGUAUUAGGAUCCCCCUACUUUCUCUUUGCUGCUGUCUUAGUACGAUACGUGAAAUACAUCAUCUUGUGUCUAUUUGUGUGUAUAUAGCAGUAGGUCAAGUUUAGAGUACUAAUGUCUGUAAAUAAGGAAUGACUAUUAGCAUAUCCAUUAGGAUGUUUAUUCUUGUCAGUAUAAACAUCACUGUGUUGAGACUGAAGUCCCUGAAGCUUGCCCUUCGUAUUGCUUUCCAGUAAUAGAUAAUGUGCUUGAAUAAGUGUGUGGAUUGCCGAUUGCAACUUCAUUCAGGGGACCAUUGUUCAGUCUAGAUUUCAUUAGAAUGAUUGUUCAUGGAAUGAUACAUGGUCUGUUUUAAGCUAGCAAAAUGUUCAUACUUUACACUAAAUGGGUCCUAAAUGAUGACAUUUGCUCUGUAGACAUAUGUAUAUAUUUUUAUAUUGGCUCAAGCUAAGGUUCAGAAUUGAGUAAGAGUGAUAUUGACUAGAAUAGUUACCUAAGAGUCCAAAUGAAAAGUGAGAACACUGGUCUUCAAAAAGUAGAGACAGAUAUUGUCUUAUCUGUUCUUAAUGGUAUCCCCAGUUCUUAGAUUUUUGUCCUUCCACACAAUCUCAGUCUUAAGAUCUGAUGAGAAGAGCUUAUUAUUCGGGCAUGCAGAAUAAUUAUUGGCUCCAAAAAUAACUAUAUCCUUUUGCCCCGAGAUAGUAUGUGGCUUUAGAAAUAGCUGAGCCGAGCUUUUUCUGCAGCCAUUCUUUUCCUGGUGAGGUUAUCACUCAUAUCUUUAGGUUAGAGAAGCAUCAAGCAAUAGUGGUGGUACUGUGUCCUUUAGCCUAAAUUCAGCAGAUCUGCUCUCCCAAGGUUUCCAUUUCCCUUGGCUCAAAGGAUCCAUUGUCUUUUUGUACAAAGAGCCUGGCCAGGGUCAUAGUUCUUAGCAUGUCAAGUAAUUAGCAGAGACCUAUCAUAUGUGAAACUUCACAUUUUAAGAAUUGAUUGGGAGGUUGUCACUCAGUUCUCUAACCUGAGGCUAAUUGGGAGUGGGGGACUGAAGUCUUGUCCAGGGCGCUUAGAGUCUGUAAGUGUCUCCGUUUCUCAGUCCGCUGUUUUCUUCCCUAUACUUACAGGGUGAGUGGAUCUUCUCCUCUGUCUUCGAAUAUCAUUUAGUGUAGCCUGUGGGCUAUUCUCAUUCUUUACCGUCCUGAAGACUGGCCAUAUUAUUAGACCCGUCAAUGUUCCCACUUGGCAGUAUUUGGCUUACUUACUUUGCUUAUACUUUUUACUCUGCUAUGUCAUUUUCAUCUGAGGUAUGAUGGCUGGAAAGGACCAUGUGGGUAUGGAGUAGUUACACCUUACCAUUCCCCAGGUUUAGAUUGAGAGAUGUACGUAGACCAUUCCUGUUACAUUACGUGACCACGGAGACAUGCCAGGACAAUUGUUCUAAGAAGUCAGAAAAACUAUAAAUGAGAUGCUGAGAAGAAAUACCUGGGUGAUAAAAACACAAACUUAACAAAUUAGGUAACAGACAAACAUUAGGUUAAAAUGUGCAGAUGUAGAAUUCUAUUCAGUGAAUUCCAGAACUUGAAGCAUCUUGGCUAUCAGCUUAUUUAAGCCUUUCCUCAUAAUAGAUUCGUAUAUCAACGAAUAAGAUCCAACCUGUUAAAAACCCUGGUUUGAUGUUAAAUAUUGUGAAGUAGGAGUUUUUAAGCCUAUUUGAGGUUAAAUGACUGAUAUUUGAUAGUGACACUUUAGUAGAAAAAAAUGCUUUUAGGCUUGUAUUCAUAAGAUUUCUCAUUAGCAAAAUGUUACAUUGCAUAAGUCAUUCUGAUGUUAGCUUGAACAGACUUUACAAAUAGGGUAUACUCCUAUUUGUGUGUAUACUCACCUACCAUUCAGAGAGACUGGUCUUUCCCUUUGUCUUCCCUCACAUGCUUUAAUUUUUCACCUAUUCUUUCUUUUAACAUUUCUCAGAUUCCUGUUUUAAUAUUUUAUCAGCUUAAUUCACUUUCAGGUUUAUUGCUGUGAUGUGCAAAAGUGCUGCUUUGCCCCAGUUUUGAAUACUUGGAUCCAAAUAAUGAUUCAUUAAGUAUAGUCGUGUUUAAAUAUACGAAAUUUCUAUAAGCUUAAACUGUUAAUUCUCCAGAAUGAUCUUCUCAGGCUAAUGUUCACUAGUGUUCACUAAUAAAUGCCCUAAUAAUCCAUCAGUAUUUUAUUCUGAAAACUCUUUUCUUCAAAAAUUAGGGAGACAACAAUAGUUAAACUUCAUACCUAUCCCUUUGAAAUGGUGGUAUCACAAUGCAGAGAGGAAUGGAGUUUGUUUUGAUGCCAAAAAGCCUUGUUCUUUCAGUACUUUAAAGGUGAAAAGUUGGAACUAGUCAGUUGGCAUAUAGAGAAACCCUUUUGUACUAGUAAGGUGUGAAGCUGGAUUAUGUAAGAAGUAAUCUUUUGAUUACUACAUUCGGUUAGCUUAUUAACUCAGGGCGGCAAACCCGUUUUCCUCCAUUAAGGUCACUUCUCUUCAUUUGGUAUCCUUCUUAUCAGACUCUCCCCUCUGUUGGAAGACUUGGUAUUCAGCUACUCUGACUCCUAGAAUUGGAUUUAGCUAAGGUUCAAACUAUAUAAUGGGCUUUGCCAGUGCUGAGUCCCACACCAUCAUUCACAUAGUCAUAUAAAUGUUUUUAUUUAAACUUCUCUCUCCAAUGCCGGGAAUAAGGCUUUCAACUACUGAUUCACCUUUAAAGGAAUGUUAUGAGAAUGGAUAUAAUUUAUGUUUCUGUUUCCAUCUCAAAUCCUUUAGAAAAGAUAGGACUUUGGCUUAAGCACUCUUGUUUCUCUGGUAACUAACAGCCUUAACCAUUGAUAUAUUGCCUUUUAUUCAGAAAUAGACGAGAAAGAUUUGAUGUAUUUGUAUCGUUACUCAUUUCAUGUACUUUACUUUUAAGGGGAAGACCAUAAUUGGAAGCUGUUGGUUUAAACCAAAUAACCUUACUUUAUGUAAUAAUUUUUCAGUGUGGUUUGGUUACCUGGAUUCAUACUAUGUGUGAAGAGAGGGAUGCUAGAACAAAUAAGCAGAUGAAGAGCAGGUCAAGACAAAAAGCACAGCGGUCUCAGAUUUUUCUUAGUGUAGGAGCAAUGGCUUUACUCGCAGAAAAGCACUAGAUCAUAAUUGUUGCCCAUGAUCCUAAAGCCCCUCCAAUCCUUUCCUACCCCUACCCCCAGUUAAAAAUAGUUUACAGUCUGUGAACUCUAUCGAUAGGGGAAAUACAUAUUUCAGUGAUUUCCGUAACAGCACAAGUUGACAGUAGAUAACCACAACCUUAUUGGAGACUUCUAUUUAUCUUGGUAAAUUCACCUUGUACCCCAGUGCUGCUGGAGGAAGGAGUGUUUACUUUGUUUAUCGCCUUUGGACAAACUAGUGUGGAUAAUUUUUCAGUAUUUAAUUGUAGCCUAGACUUCUGUAAGUGGAAUUUUCCUUAAUAACUCGCUUUUUGGUAAUAAUAGUUGGAAACUGAAAUUAAGCUUAUUGCUAAUAUUGAAAUCCCAAAUUGGCAAAGGCCAGUAUAUAGGGUAUUUCAUAAUAUAAUCAGCUUCUGAAAUUUCUGUUUUGAUUAGUGCCUUCUGGUUGCCAAUAUUGACUCUGCUAGUUUACACAUUUCCCUUUCUUGAUAGAAUAUAUUUAUUUGUUACAAUUCCUCUUUUUAAAUUUUGUUAUAACUAGUCAAGGAAAUAGAAAAAUGCAUUUAUAUUUACAUACUUUAUAUGCAGCGUUUGUUUAGGUUCAAGGAAACCAAGUAGCUCUAAUUCCUGUUGCAGUUUAAAUGUUAUUUAUUCAUCUAUAUUUGUUUUGUAUCCUUCAUUAAAACUGUAAAGUUACUUAUUCUGUGAGUAUAUUUGAACUAUUGUGUUUCCAGUGUAGGUUUAAUAGGCAUAUCUGAGAACAUACAUGUGGCAACAGUUUCACAUUCCAUGUUAGAUAAAGAGCUUAAAGUAGAGGUCCGUAGAAAGCACAAAUCCUGUUCACGCAGGUGUGUAUCUCCACACGUAGAAAGCACAAGACUCACAGUGUUUCUCAGUGUCCCGCAAGUGCCAGUCAUAAAGCCCACCGGGCGUCUGUCUUGGGAGUUAGGGAGGACCACCGUUUUGAAAGCCCUAGACAAUGAGGUCAUCUAAAUUGUGGUCCUAAAUGAGAAGGGAUUCAAAUGUAAUAAUCUGAAUAAGUUUGUACUGCUGUGGUAGAGGGAGAGAAGACCAAUGUCAAGAAUGUUGCAAUUAUACUUGGGGUUACAAGUGAAAAUGGGGUUUAUGGGUUCUUUCCUAUAAUCUGGAACUAACUGGGACAGACUUUUAAGCUUUUGGUGGGUGGGACAGUUUGAUAAACUUCUGCUUUAAGUUGUAGACCCAUUUGAGUUGGUUUUUUAUCUUAAGUCUUGAGGAAGUUUUACCUGCCAUCAGUAGGUUCCUGAAAACAUGGAGAAAUUUCACAUUUUCACAGGGCAAAUACUUGUCUUUCAUCUUUGUGUAGGUUUGUAAGAGGUAAACCUAUCUUUAUUUUUUCGUGUGCUUUACUGCACUUCAUUUUAGUAGAGCAGAAUUUGGUCCAAGUAUUCUGAGCAUCAAACUAAGUCUGAGACAGCUCUGCCAAACGAGCUACUUUGCUUUUCACAGUGGUUGUAAGAGUCUAAAGGAUUCUUUUACCUGUACCAUUCCCCCCGCUUCAUGACCAGAUGAGGUGAAAUCUGUGGGUGCAGCAGAAGUAAGUGUGUUUUUCUUGCACUCGGUUUUGCCCUUGUUUUCUUUACCUGCAUAGUCCCAGUCUAUCAAGAAUGCAUAAAUAAUCUGUCUUGAAUUUUGCCCAUAUGUCAAAAGCUGUAACUCUCAGAAUGGGAGACAAGUGACUACCUUUGUUCCCACUCUCCUCUAUUUUGUGUAUUUAUCUUCUUAGGGAAAGACUUGGUCAACUCGGAUAAUACAUGGAAUGAAGAUUAAAGCUGGUGUAGACUGGUAUCACAUGUUUUAGAGGGGUUAACCAGAGCGCCUGAAGGGAGAGAUUCAUUCCCCCUCCAGCAAAAAGCAGUCAGGUGUGUUCCCUCAGUAUUAGAAUGUAAAACCUCAGGCUUGGGGUGGGGGUGUGUGUGGUGAGGGCAGAGGGGUGCCAGAAAUACAGGAAAAAAAAGAGGCUUGAGGAGUAUCUUUGGCUUAGCGAUGUGUGAUAAGGCAAAACAGUUAUAAUCUGUUAAUCCUAUAUAGUAUGCGUCUGUACCUUUAAAUGUUUUUAAAUUUAAAAUCAUUUGCAAGAACUUCAUGCUUUUGAAGAUUCCUUUGGCAGAAUUUCUUUCAUUUAAAAUUCCAUGGAAAGUUGCUUUAAUUAUUCGUCUAGGUGAAAGUAGUCCUAGCAGUGUAAAUAUGUAUAAUUAGAAUUUUCUAAUUUCACUCUGAGAUCUCUAACUUUUGAGUGGCAAAAACAGAUCAACAAGUCUUUUGCUCAUGGACUUUUCUGUGGCGUUGUUAAAAUGCAAAAGCUUUAUUUUUGUUAAUAAUGACAUGUUACGUUAGUGUCAGAUGAUGAUACGGCAUCUGUUCCCUGCCUUUCCCCACCGGUACUGCUUUGGUUUAUAGAUUGCCAGCAGAGUUGAGAAAUGGAGCAGGGAUCUACCCAUUCUUUGCUUGGACAUCCCAUUUUCUGUUGCCCAGACCUGUGUUGGCAAUCAUGUAUGAACUAUGUUAUGCUUCUCAGUACUUAUUAUUUUUUUUUUGAUAAGGUGGAUAUCAAAAAUAGUUGCUGUGCAAAAGUUAGUAGUCUUCUUCAAGAAGAAAACCGAUUCCUUUUCUAAUAUCCUGUGAAAUUGCUUCAUUCAUUUCUUUAUUUUUAAGCCAAAUGUCAGCAGAGUACUGCUGCUUUUAUCUAGUACUUUUGAUAUGUAAGUAUUGCAUUUUAAAAAGAUGUCUACAUUGAAAGCUGUUUUUCCCAGUGUCCUCCCUAUUCUACUCUGUUCAUAUUUUCUGUAAGAGACCAGUCUGUGCACUGGGGGUGUGUAUUGUGUAAAUGUACCAUUUCGUCAGUUAUGCAUUGUAGACCAAAUGUGAUUAUAAAUGAAGCUGUUGAGUCAUUGGUGAGUUUUUUGAAUUGUAAACUGAUUUCCAGUGACCGUUUGUUGUCCACAGGUUUUUUUGUUUGUUUUGUUUUGUUUUGUCUUCAGGUUUGAUCGGGGUCCAUCUUCACAUUGUACAAUGUUUUAGUUGCAAGCAGAAAGUAGAAUUUGGUAUAAACCAGGUUAUUUCUGUAUUGAAAGGAAUACCAUUGAAAUUGUAGAUUUAGGAUUGUUAACCAUACAUGACAAGUCUAACUUGACUAUUAUUCUAACCUACUGUAUACAAUCUGAUUUUUAAAAUUGUAGACAUGUAUGAUCUUGGUUUAAUGUGUUUUUAAAAGUGUUAUUGUUGAAAAAAUGGAAAAACAAUGAAGCAAAUCUGCUAAAGAGCUGUCAGUUUUCAUUACUGACUCUGUAAAAUACACUGUUCUUUGUGUACUGUGUGUUAUUUUGCCAGCUGCUGCAUUAGCCUUCAAAAGUAUUUGGAAACUUCAGAUGAACUACAUUUCUUGAAAAGUAUAUUCCUUUCUGUGGUAUCUUGUCCUGUAACUGAAGUAUAGUAAUUAUUUUAUGGAAAUGUUAUUAGCACUUCUGUACCAACUUUGAAUAAAAUGAAAAAUUUA